AGUUUCUGACUGAUGUCGUCCUUGUUUGGUACCCGGGAAGAAUGUCUUUACACAAAAUGCUACUGCGAAGAGAAUGUUUACAAAAUGUGCGAGCGAGUUCCUAUAAAUCAACACCAAAAUUUCUUUGUUGCAUUUAUAUCUAACUCAAUAAGAUGCGUUCCACUCUUUGCUCAAAAGGCUGCCAUGGUGAGGCCGUAUGUUUUAUGGGAUUAUCACGUCAUAUUGCUCGAAGAGUCAAGAAACCAAGAGAAUUUGGUUUGGGAUCUGGACACCCUUCUCGAGUUUCCAUGUGGUUUUGACAAGUACUGGGAGGGCACGAUGCAGCCGAAAGAUUGGAAUAUUCCAUCAGAAUAUCACAGGUUUUUCCGAGUCAUUCCUUGUGCUGCGUUCCUUGAAAGCUUUUCAAGCGAUCGAUCACAUAUGGUAGCUGCGGAUGGAUCAUGGUUGGCACCUCCACCAAGCUGGGAUAAACUCUGCAAACAAGGACUGCAUAAUAUCGACGACUUCAUCAGCAUGGAUCGAAAUAUGUUAUCGGAUAUUAGCCAAGUUUUCACUGAGGAUGAGAUGUUUCUGAGAUUUUCCUCUAGCAGUGAAACUGUUUGUUCACCAUCUAAGGAUUUGGUGGUACUGGAACCUGAUAUUCAAAAUAGAUGAGUCAUACGACUAUUGCAGUGCGGAUUGUUAAUAAUUUGACCUGUCCUGUUUGGAGUCUACAUGUUUACGUUACAAUAUAAAAUGCUCAUGCCAUCG